ACAAAUCACAUGAUCUUCUGCACAAUAGGGGAGGGGCUGGAUCCACUUUAUUCUGCAACAACACUUCGCAACUUCCAUACGUACAAACAGAGACAAAAGCUAAAGCAAGAUGGCUAAGCUGGUGGAGAUGGUACGCAACAGCCCUCUCAUGAGGAGGAGAGGCGGUGGAUACGAGGUUCUGGACAUGGAGAGCAGAGAUCCCUUUGUACUAGGAAUAAAUUUUUCCGCCCACUAUUUGGCUUCUGUAGAAGUGCAGUCCAAGCAAGACUCGCCUGAAGUACGGGAAAAGGUGAAAGAAGCCUACAGUGAUGCUAGUGCAGAUAAGAAAUUAAGGAGGGUUCGCAUUACUGUCAAAUCCAACUGCUUGGAAGUAGCUGAUGUGAGCUCCAAAGUUACCGACAGUUACCCCAUCUUCCUUGUUGCCUACUGCGGAGGGCAUCCUGAGUUGGAGGAUACUUUCUUUUUCAUUCAAAAGACAAAGCUUGAUCAGCGACUUUUUGCAGAAAUCUUCAAGUUCUCUGAUGCUCAAAAAGUGAGAGCAGUCACUAUGACAAUCGCCAAAGCAUUCAACAUUGCAUUCAAAGCUUGGACAACUCAAAAGCGACGAAGAGAACGAACAAAUUCUAGAGGCUCAGAAUCUCCCGUUCCUCAACGAAAGAAUAGCAAUGGAGUCAAACAGAGCACCUUGGCAACGAAGCAAGUUGGCCCCUACACCCCACCCCCACCUCGUAAACCAGCAGAGGAACAGGAAUUAGGACGUCAGAGAAGUGGAUCUGUCGAGGAGAAUCAUGGGAAAGAACCGGUUUUGAAGAAUCCAGCUGUAAUGAGAGUGAUUGCAAAGAAUGAGAAGACGGGAAGCACACACAACGUGACACUGACGGACGACUUUGACAAAGCUUUUCAAGAGCUGGCUGAAACUCGUGCCAGUCCUGAUGUGCUCCGAACCAGCUUGGCAGUGGAUGAGACCGACGGGUUCACCAUUGAUGCUAUCAAGGCCUACAUCGACAGUCAGACUACUGAGAAGGAAGAGAACUAGACAUAAUAUUGUUAUAACUUUGAACAGUAAUUGUUUGCUAAUUAUCCAUUAAGUUAAUCUUUAAUUUGUUAUGGUUGCUAAGCUAUUAGCUAGUACAUUCGCAUACACUUCCUCCCAUAAUUUCAUGAUCAAACAUCAA